AUGGGAGGGUUGUUGAAGUUGUGUAAGGAUCAGGAAGAUGUUUUACUUCCGCUGAUAAGAGCCAGGAAGCAAAAUAAGGGAAGUAAGAGUGUUUUUUCUUAUGCAGAUACUCUCUUGGAGUUGGAGUUAAAGGAGGAGAAUCGCAAGUUGAAUGAAGAUGAAAUGGUUAGUCUUUGUUCUGAGUUUUUGAAUGGUGGCAUGGACACGACUUCCACGGCUUUGCAGUGGAUUAUGGAGAAUUUGGUCAAGUAUCCGGAUGUGCAGAGAAAGCUUGUAGAGGAGAUUAAGGAGGUAAUUGGUGGUGAUGAUAGUGGAUUGAACAAGGAAGUGAAAGAAGAAGAUUUGCAGAAACUUCCUUAUCUGAAAUGUGUGGUUUUGGAGAGGUUGAGGCGUCAUCCACCAGCGCAUCUUGUGUUGCCCCACGCGGUGAAAGAGGAUGUGGUUUUGAAUGGUUAUUUGGUGCCUAAAGAUGGGACUGUGAAUUUUAUGGUGGCGGAGAUGGUGCCUAAGGAUGUAAAAAUUAUUCAAGUAUCAUUAUAUUUGUGA